AUGGAUGCCCAUCUAGCUUUGCACGCGCACGUGCACGAUUACGAAGAAUGCGAGGGAGUGUGUGAACCAAACUUGAAAUCCGAAGCGGAUGAACAAGCAUGUCUGGACGCCGUGGUAGAGACCAGGAAGUUGGCGGAGGGAGAAGCCGUAGAAGGGAAUAGAAAGCAGCGUUCAGAUGGACGCGACUUCAAUACGAAGAUGGCGUCGAAUGAGUAUGUUACGGCUGUCAUCAGUUUCAGUGACGAAGCCACGGUGGUCAAAACAGACAAAUGUGCUGAGAAGAUGGCCACCACAAGUGUUAUACAGAACGCCAAAGCACGUGAAGAUAAGGAACGAAAGAAAAUCGGACACGCAUCGAGUGAAUUAUGGACAGAGAGUCCACACUUUCUUUGGUGA